CGCGGGAACGCUCACAUUUUCCUGUGUCACUUCACUUCACCCCCUCUCGCCAGCGUCCAUAAGAGCCUUCUUGUCCUUCAGCGGUAAAACGCGAGCCAUGGCAGAGCCUGAACCCACACCCGAGCAGCUCGCCGCGAUCGCCGCAGCCAACGAGGAGACGGACUGCGCGGUCAACUACAAAGCUCCGGCCCAGAAGAGCUUAGUAGAGAUCCAAGAGAUGGACAAAGAUGAUGAAAGCCUGCGCAAGUACAAGGAGGCGUUACUUGGCAACGUCUCUGCUUUGGCAGAUCCGAACACCCCAAACAUCCAGGUGACGCGAAUGACUUUGGUUUGUGACUCAGCGCCAAACGCUCUGGUACUUGACCUGCAGGGAGAUCUGGACAGCUUCAAGAAGAAUCCAUUUGUGCUGAAGGAGGGUGUGGAUUACAGAAUAAAGAUCAGCUUCAAGGUCAACAGGGAGAUCGUGUCGGGUUUGAAGUACAUUCAGCAAUCAUUCAGGAAAGGCGUUAAGGUUGACAAGUCGGACUACAUGGUGGGCAGCUACGGGCCGAGACCCAGCGAGGAGUACGAGUACACCACCACUGUUGAGGAGGCGCCCAAAGGCAUGCUGGCUCGCGGCACCUACAACAUCAAGUCCAAGUUCACUGAUGACGACAAACACGACCAUCUCUCCUGGGAGUGGAGCCUCACCAUCAAGAAGGACUGGAAAGAUUGACCUUCCCUCUCUGAACCGUCGUCUUCCUCCGCUUUCUUUCCUCUCUCAUUGUCAUUCCAUAUAUUUUUUUUUAAAUCCAUUUCUGAUUGUCCUCUCCGUCCAUAGACGCCUUCGCACUUCCACGUUCCUGUUUUCUUCAAAGUAUUAAAUCCUGGAAAUAGAAUGAAAUAACAUGCACAAUCGAAAUUUGUUGCGAUUAUUAGUUUAAGUAUUAGUAGUCCAAAAUGUUCCUCCGCGCUUCGUCCCUUUUGAUACGCUAAUGUUUUUUCUGAUCACCGUGCCUGCCUUGGAAAACAGUAGUCAUCCCUCACCACAUCACGCUUCCAAUUUCACGGCUUCACUCUAUCACUUUGUCAAAAAAUAUUCAUAUGGUUAACUACAGCGUAUUAGCAUUUUCAAGCAUAAAAAUGGCUCAAUUAACUAAAAUACAAAUGAGAAGACGUAAUAUGUAGUACUCUACAGUGGUCACUAGGUGCCGAGACGAUGGCCACUGCAGGAAGUCCAGAAACUGGAAGAAACAAGGAGCUCUCCCAAUGCUAACAUGUGAGUCUAUUAGGUCUUAUUUUCUCUCUUAUGUUUACUGUAUUGGGUAAAACAAGUAACAGUGACUAUUUCAUAUUCAGAUGGCUCUAUUAUGUUAAAACCGUAUUUAGAAGGCCAUGAACAGGUUUUCGAUGCUGUGACAACCAAAAUAAUAGAUUUCUAAAGGAUUCCUAUUUUGUGACCGAUUCACUACGAUAAACGAGGGAUUACUGUAUUGCUGUACGUCUUUCUGUAUUCACUUGGCAUCCUUGCUAGACACGCUUCUUUGAGUCGGCCCCUCUAAAGCCUGAGCAGAUUUGUCGUCUUGGUAAAUAAUUUGGAAUGCAAGUCACCUCCUUUUCCAAAUCAUUUCCAAGUGUACAUGGAGAAGCACGGAGGAAAAUGUCUUGUACUUCGCAUCAGGGCGUUUUUGGCAGCUGCCAUGUGGCCUUUUAACACGAGCUAGAUAAAACCCAUUAGAACCUAAUCGGGUCCUGACACCUUUUUAUCCUCAUUCCAAACCUGCUCCGUGUCCUCACUGAUGGUGCCUCCAGUUUGUAAACACACCUGAAGUAUGGAAAGUGUUUUCUUACCGUGACCGGGCUGCAGCUUUAUACAGAUCUUUUUUUGUAUGCGUGUCUGGGUUGGGCUCAUGAAAGCAGUGUUUGCUACGUGCUCCUGUCUUGACAUUAAAGUGUUAAAAUUGA